UUUAUCCUGGCAGUUGCAAAGCACACUGUGAGCUAGUGGUUUCGCUCUUCUUCUUUGUGCUCUCUCUCUCGCAUGCUCGGAAACGGUUCUAUUCUCGGGAAAAAUCCAAGGAACCCUCUCCUUAUCCUCUUCUCCAUUAUCGCAGAACCCGGCUGCCUGAUUUCAAUUCUCUCAGAUCCGUCGCUUUUUUCGCGAAUUGGAGUACAAAAUCUGGUGUUUCAUGGUGGAAAACCCCAAUUUCGAGCUCGCCGAAGCACAAAUCGGUGGCAUUUCGUGUGAUCCCCUGUGAUUUGAUUUGUACUUCCAUCGAUCGAAACAAUGCCUAGUGUUAGCUUUCAAUCCAUCAUUAUUUUGUUGGGUUAGGGUUUCUGGCUCUUUGGAUUCUUCGUAAUUUGGUUCAAUCAGCGCUGAUGGAUUGGUUUUUGAUGGUUGGAGUAGAAUGGGAUCUGUGGCCUUGUGGGAAUCAUGAAAUGAGGAAUCGACGAUUGAACUUUUCUCCAAUAUGAUUGCAUUGCAUUUCCAUCCAGAGUUGUAAUUGGUGCUUAGGUGUUGGUUUUCGUGCUUUUUUCUUUUAUUUAUUUUACUUUGAUCUCAAGGGAAGAAGGUUUUAUUGGUAGACUGUCCGGAUAACAGAGAUCUUAGUUCAGAUGAUGGAGGCUGAGCUGUGUUCCUGUCGAACUCUUUUGUCAUCUCGGGAAGAAAGUGGAGAUGAGGAGCUUUCUGUGGUCCCUAGGCACACAAAGGUCAUUGUUACAGGGAACAACAGAACAAAGUCUGUUUUGGUGGGACUGCAGGGUGUUGUCAAGAAGGCUGUUGGUCUUGGUGGCUGGCACUGGCUGGUCCUCAAGAAUGGGGUGGAGGUGAAGUUGCAGAGGAAUGCUUUGGGUGUGCUGGAAGCUCCAACUGGAAAUGAGGAAGAUGAUGAUGAAAUUGACUGCAAUAACUCGAUUUGUAGUAGCUCUGACAUGGGAGAUAAAGAUGUUGAUUACUCCAGCAUCGAGCUUCAUAAGCCAACAAAACGAAGGGUUCGGCAUACCAGACCUUGGGCAUCCUCAGUCAAGGCAAUGAGUCAAACUAGCUACAGAGACACAAAAGCUCAUAUCUUUAAGCCUCGAAAGAGGGUGAAUUUGGCAAAACUUGGAACUGCCACUUUAUGGAGAUACUGGAGGCAUUUCAAUCUGCUCAGCACCAAUCCCAAUCCAUCUAAGGAGCAACUGGUUCACAGAGUGCAGCAUCAUUUCUUAUCUCAGCAAGUGGAUGAGAUGCAGGUGAUUGUGGGCUUCAUCCAAACUGCGAGGAGGUUGAAAACUCUCCACUCUUGACAGGAAAGAGAUGAGAGGUACUAUUUGUACAUGAAUAGGUGGAAGUAAGAAUGCUACAGCUUCUGCUUGUAGCCUUGGAUGCUUUGUGGAGGUAUUGAGAAUCCCAUGUGUGAAGAGGGAUACCAUUUCUGUCUAAAAACAAUCCGACAAAUGUAAUUUACUGAUCUUUUGGUAGGAAGUAGUGCAGUAUAUAACUUCAUUAGGUAA